CGUGAAAUAAAUAUAAAUAAAUAAAUAAAUAACAAGUCUAGUUAACUUCGGCCGUCAUUGAACAAAACAAAAGAGAUCGUGCAACACGGCCAAAGAAUCCGAUGCUAAGCAAAAUGGCUCAACCAAACAAUUCUAGUGGCGGCGGUGGAACAGGAGGAGUGUCCGCCAGUGGCUCGGGACGUCGCUUGCCGCUCUCACUAAGCGCUGGCACUGCUGUCAGCCGGUCCCAGCAGGGUUCAAGCAGUCCACAACGGAAGACAGAACCAUUCGUGUCGCUCAAAAAAUGCAGCGGACAGAGAUCCGGACCGGCAAGCUCUGCUUCGAGUGGGUCCACCGCCAAGGAGGACGAAAAGAAGAGUAUCAAUGGCGUUAGCAAGUCCACCAAUGGAAAGGAAAAGUCGCCGCAGAAUGGCAACUCAGCCAAGGAGCAGAAGCCCAAGGAAAAGGUAGAAAAAGUAGCUGAAAGGAGGGACAACAAGGAUACCCAAGAGAGCGUCACCAGCGAAAAGGAAGCCAAAAAGGCUCUUGCUAAUACUGCCACUAUUUCUGCUGCUCCUGCUGCUGCAGUUCCUAAUUCUGCUGCAGCUCCAACGACAAUUGUAAAAUCAAAGACUGUCGAGGUUGACCUAACCAUCGAUCAGGCUGAGAAUGAUGUGGUUUUGGCCCCUGACCAGGUAACAGGCCCAGUGAAAGUGCAAGGGCCCACCACUCCCACCGGCGAGCGAAAAUCGUUGCGCAAGGCGGCGGCCAGCCAGCCAAAAACUCCGACCAGCAAGCCAAGCUCCUCGCCGGUUCCGAAGAAACAGACAGAAACAGCAGCGACUCCUCCAGAGCCACUUGAGGAGACUCCCGCUCCUACUACACCACAGGAGGAUGUUGAAAUGGAGCCGCUUACUGUGGAUGCCUCACCGAUACGCAGUGUGACAAGUGCUGUUGACCACCUUAAUGCCCAGCCGGCUGCCACAUCGACACCUGGACGCCGACUAUUCGGUUUCGGGGGAAGCAGCAAGCCACCGAGCACUGAGGUCAACCUGGUCGCUCAGCCAUGCAGUCCGGCCCCGGCACGCACUUUCGCACAGAUCAGUGGCAGGCGCAGCAUACGGAACACAGCCUCGCUGACACCGUCGAAGGUCGGAAGCUAUAGAUGUACCACCAACGAUCUGGACACAUCGACCAGCACAAAUUACAGCAUGAAUGCUACAGUGGGAUCGGAUAUACCCAACAGUUCAUCUUUCUCCUUCUCGUUCUUUGGACGCGGACGCAAGCGAGAACGGACACCGCCUCAACUGCUAGGUUCAAAGUCCAUCACUGACUUGCCGCAGGAUAUGGAGACUUCGCCACCGAAGCGCGCCCGCUUUGAUCUCUUCAGCCUGAACUUGGCCUCUCCGUUCUCUUUGCUGCGAUCGCGCUUCUCGAAGACCACCAUCAGCUCUCCCCAGCGAUUGCGUCUGGAACAGACCCCAGCCGACGGCGAUGAAAAUGGGAAAGUCCAGGACGUGCAGUGCAUUGCUGUCGAAAUGGAUCAACAACAGCUCAACAUCUCUUCGGGCAGCGCUGAGGAGCAAGACCCAAAGGAGGUUACUGUGGGCCAGGAGGCAGGCCUGGAGACGCCUAAGAAGGCUGGAAGCCCAGACAAAGAAAUCAACACCGAGAAGGAAAUUAACGAUGGCAACGCCGAAUCUGAUGGAGAGAAUAUUUCUCCGGCUUCAGAGUCUGCCGUGGAGGUAUCCGUCGGCGAAAACCGUUCGCGCUGCUCAAUAAUGUAAACAAUGAUAAACUCCCCUCCCGAUCCCUUUCCUUUAGCUGAUAAACUUAUAUCCUAGCAUAUCCGUCACCCUUUUAUGUAGUUUGUGUUUUGACAAAAAUUACAUGUUAAGAGUGAGCUACAAACCACCCGCUUAUGGCCAUAGCCAGCACGUGGUGCGGCAUUGGCUAUUCUCUUCUGGCCAAAGGAAGAGCUAACGAAAGCCAGGCCCAUCACGUGGCCGACCUGGCGGUGAUUCGUCGCUGAAUGGCUGAGCCUCAAUCUGAAGCUUAGGCAUCCACUGACGAAUCGCUUGGCACCGAGAACAAACACCACCAUCUCGUGUACCCAGAAAAUGUGGGUACAAAAAGAAACCAAUCAAUAUUUAGUCUGUAGUGUGGAUACAAAUUCAAAGUUUUAUGUUAAAUGUACGUAAUUUUUCCGUUAAAUUAAAUGCUUUCUAUUCAAUAAACACAAAAAAAGAAAUUAUUCAUACAUGUAAAAAACUAGAUGCGUCAAAAUGUAACGCGUAUUUCAUAAAUAAAGGGCAUUUUUAAUAAAUA